UUUUAACUCCAGAAGUUGUAUCAGCUUUAGAUCGCACUGGAACUAGUGAUAGAGAUGCAAUGUUUAUCAUUGCAGCUGUUAUAGAAAGUCUGGGAUUAGAUAUUGAUAAAUAUAAUGUGAGUUAUUCUUCUAUUCGCAAUGCACGUAUUUCUAAGAGAGAAGAAAUUGUCGAUGCAAUUAAAAAAGAAGAAAUAGACGAAUCUUGCGUAGUUCAUUGGGAUGAAAAAAUGCUACCUACAGGACAAGGAACAUCAAAAGCAGAACGGCUCUCGAUACACAUUUCAGGAAUAAGUGGAGAAAAAUUUUUAGAAGCUCCGUUGCUUUCUGACGGCACAGGUAUAAGUCAAGCUUCAGCCGUAUUUCAGGCUCUGACGACACGCAAUAUUUGCGAUAAUAUUAAAGGAAUGUGUUUCGAUACGACUGCUUCAAACACAGGUGACACCAAAGGUGCUUGUCCUUUACUAGAGAAAAAAAUUGGUCGUGAUUUAUUAUACCUUGCUUGUCGUCAUCAUACGUCAGAGUUGAUGUUACGAAAUGUAGCAGAGGUUGCUUGGCCAGCCACAAAUGGUCCAAAUGUACCUAUUUUCAAACGAUUUAGAGACAAUUGGGAUAACAUUGAUAAAGUAGUAUAUGAAAUCGGUUCCAAUGAUGAACAUAUUACUGACAUUUUGAACGACAAAAAACAAGACAUUCUCGAUUUUAUUGACAAUCAAUUAAAGAAUCAUCAUCCAAGAGACGACUAUAAAGAAUUACUGGAACUAAGCAGUAUCUUUUUGGGUGGUGGAGGUGAUAAAGUUCAAUUUAAAGCCCCUGGCGCUUGUCACCAUGCAAGAUGGCUUUCAAAAGCUCUUUAUUGUUUGAAGAUAUAUUUAUUUCGUAAGCAGUUUAAAGUACCAGCGAAAGAAACAGAUGCUUUGCGAAAAAUUUGUGUUUUUGUUGUAUUAUUUUACGUGAAAAUAUGGUUUACUGCUCCAUAUGCGAUAAAAGCCCCAAACCCAGACUUACAAUUAGUAAAAGAUCUUAUCGAACAUCGAAAAAUUCAUCCGGAAAUCGCUAAUGCAGCACUUGAAAAAUUAUCUAAACAUCUAUGGUAUUUGCAUGAACAACUUGCUUGCUUGGCGCUGUUUGAUAAUACAGUAUUACCAGCAGAAAAAUUGAAAAUUGCGAAAAAAAUUAAUGGUAUUCCCACUGUUAAGCAAUCAAAUAAGCAUUAGUCAGAGCCUUACAAAACAAUUACUUUACUCAGUGAAAAAAACAUCAGUGAUUUUGUGACACCAAAUUCAGUUUUCAUCUUUAAACAGUUUAACCUUUCAUAUGAAUUUUUAAAUUCUGAAUUUCAUACAUGGGAAUCAAAUUUUGAGUACCAAAAAUGUUCUGAAACAUUCAAAAAGUUAAAAGUUGUAAAUGAUACUGCUGAGCGAGGAGUAGCUCUGACUCAAAGAUUUAAUGAAGCUUUCACCCGCAAUGAAGAUGAACGACAAAAAGUUUUUCAAACAGUACAGCAUCACCGUUCGAAACAUAAACGGUGUACUAAAUCAACUUACAGCAUAAAGAAAAUGGUGUAAAAUAUUUAAUUUAUCGUAUUUGAUCAUACAUGUAGUUGAGUUCAAAGUUGCAUAGACCUGAUAUUUUAGUAAUUUAUUUACAAAUAAAAAAACUUCAGAAAAAUACAAUUAAAAAUUUUUUUCGUUGAAUUU